AUGCGUGCGCGCGGAAAUUCCGCUCUGAGUGCAUCCACGCUAUCCCCUGAGGAGACGCACAGGGGCAUAAAGACAUUCCUGAGAAGCAUUGAUGAACCAGUGCUCUCUGGCAGCCUUGUGGCGUACGAGUUUCUUGACAGCGCCCACGACUUCCACUGGUCGCUGGCAAGGGUGCUGAAGCUGGGCGAGCACCACGCCCUACUCCAGCGGUGGCGGGUGGAGAAUGGGAGCUACGCGGACGUCUUGGACGCGCUCCAGAAGGAGAAGGAGAGGAAGAUGGAGGAGGUGCGGCACUGCCAGCGCAUUUUGUCGGAGCAGCGGGAGGAGUUGGCGAUGGUGCGGCGAGACACCGAGGCCCAAGUGGAGCGCACAAAGGAGGAGGUUGAAAACGCGCGCCGCGCUUUGGCGGAGGUGGAGGAGGUGUGGUUACAUGAGGCCUUCAACGCCCGUCUUCCCUCCGCAGGACUGUGCCUGGCGCUUGAGGCCAGCAUCGCUAUUUUAAACAGCGACGGGGAGGAGGAGCAGGCAAAGGGAUGGGAGGAGCUGCGCACCGUGGUGCGGGACCCUACCUUCAUUCGCCGGCUGCUGGAGUACUGCCCCGCCCUGGCGAAAGGCGCGGACGCGCGGCAGGGCAUCGUCAACGACUACCAUCCGCGGCUGCUAAAGCUGCGAGAACAGAUACUGCGUCCCUCAGUAAACAUCCUCCCGGCAACUCCUACUGCCCUGGAAUCGCUAAUUUGCGACUGGGCACUCGCCCAGCUGAACGCCUUCAUCGUCUACCCCGAGAUCGAAAAAUCGCAAGCGCGCGCCAACGAGAUUGGUGAGGCCAUAAACAACAACAUUCGCCGCAUGAAGCUGCUAGACACCCAAAUUAAGCACAACGCUGAGCAACAGCACAUCUACAACGAAGGCUACGGUGUAGUCAAGGGCAAGAACAUCAGCAAUGCCACGUGCCUCACUUUCAUGGAGGCCAGCGACAUUGCACCAAUCACCGUCCCGCGAUCAUCGAUAACAGCGGCCGUCAGCGCCAGCAACACCAGCAACGCCGGCGUCGCCGUCGUCACACAUGAGGAAGCAAAGCGCCUCCUCGCAAGGGCAUCUAUGCACCGUCCGUUACUCUACGCGGCAUUGGACACUGCACUCGAAAAGGUGCAGCACAUGAAAAAUAAAGACACAGACAACGCCACGUUGAUUCAGCAGCUACGUGACGAAAAUGGGGUUGUGCGUAAACAAAACAAUGAUAUGGCAAAAUUGCUAAACACAGCGAAGACGGAAUUGAACCAAGUUCAACAGGAGCUCGACAAAAAGCAAACUCCUCGCCAAGCAAGCACAAGAGGAGUUCACCAAACAAUACACACGCCUCCAGGAACAACGCGACGACGUCUCUCGCAAACUAGAGGAAAGCAAACACCUAGUUAA